AAAAGGCUCAUGGUGGGAGCUGCAAUUGAAGGGCUCCGGGAAGACCCCAUACUCUCGUGCUGGAGAUGGAAGAGCAGUAAUACGCUCAAGUGUUCGAGAGUUCCUUGCUGCUGAAGCUAUGGCUGCUCUGGGUUUCAGAACAUCAAGAAGUGCAUCAAUUGUGGUGGGAGAAGAGUUAGCCCUAAGAGAUCAGUUUUAUAAUGGGAAUCUGAAGAUGGAGAAGAUGGCUGUAGUGCUUCGUCUUGCUCCUACUUGGUUCAGAUUUGGUUCUUUAGAAAUACUUGCCAGAAGGAAUGAAACAGAGAUACUUCAGUUAUUAGUGGACCACAUAAUUGAGAAACACUUUAGAAGUAUAGCAGUUACAGAUCCUGAUAGAUAUCUAAGCCUUUUCUCAAAGAUUGUUGAAGAAACCGCAGAGAUGAUUGCACAGUGGCAGAGUGUUGGUUUCACUCACGGGGUUAUGAAUACGGAUAAUAUGAGUGUUGCAUCAGUCACUAUAGAUUAUGGACCUUUUGGAUUUCUGGACACUUAUGAUCCUGAUUUUAUACCAAAUUCAUCUGAUGAUGAGGGUAUGUACAGCUACAAAAACCAACCAAAAGUAGGAUAUUACAAUCUGCACAGACUCGCUGAUGCUCUUCGGCCACUGCUGUCACCAAGUCAAGUACAACAGAUAAAGCAUAUCCUCCCUGGUUUUCAUGUGCAUUUUCAAACUGCUUAUCUUCAGUUGUUUGCAAGGAAAUUAGGGCUACAGAAUUCCAAAACAGAAGAUGAAAUACUGGUUCAAAAUUUGCUGGAUAUAAUGAAGGACAGUAAGGCAGAUUUUACCAUGACCUUUUGGGAAUUUGGAAACCUGUCAUUGGAAGAAAUAGAGGCCAACAAUGUGCCCAGGAACUUUUGGAGCUUGCCAAAGAUUUUGAAUCAUUACAAAUUUGAUUCAUUCCUGAGUCAGUAUAAGUUGCGCUUACAAGAAGAAAAUUCAAGUGAGGAGACAAGGCAGUCCAUCAUGGCAAGUGCUAAUCCAAGGUAUAUCCUAAGAAACUGGAUAGCUCAGCAAGUCAUAGAAAAAGUUGAACAGGGAAGUUAUAGUGAGUUGGACCAAGUGUUGAAUAUUUUAAACAGUCCCUUUUCUAUUCAACCAAUUGCUGAAAAGAAAGGCUUGGCCAGUUCUCCUCCCAAGUGGUCAAAAACAUUAAGAGUCAGCUGUUCAAGCUGAAGUUGAAUCAUCUUGUGCACUAGCAUAUACCUCAUGGAGAGAAAUGUAUAGUACAAUUAGCACUAUGCACAUUGUUUAUUUUUGUUUUGAUUUCACUGAAAUUAGAAUAGAUAUGUAAAAUAUCUGAACAUCUGUGGUCUAAGUGUGAAGUAUGUGUGUGCUUUUGUAUGGAUAUAUAUGUAUGUGACUUGGACACUGACAUGGACACACACACACGCACACGCACACACACACACACACUUGCACAUGCACACUCUCACACACGCACACAGGCAUACAGGGAGGGAACAAGGUGAGCAUACCUCAUUUAUAUAUUUAUAUAUUAUAAGGCUGUUAGAUGAAUUAUAUUGUUGUUCACACUGUUAUAACUGUAUUUUGGUAUCAUUGUGUAUUUUGACAUAUUUGAAAAUACCAUUUUGAUUACUCAUUAAACCCUCUUAGGUCAUUUUUGUAAUUAUUGAUUGGAUACACUUAUGAGGUGAACAAAAUAUAUAGAAAGAAAAGCAAAA